AUGGCCUCCAUCGCCGAUCAAACGCCGGCCUCCACAGGCCCGCAAGAGAAGGCCGCUGCUCCUGCAUCGGGGCCCCUCAAGACGCCCAUCGCCUCGCCGGCCCCGGCGUCCUCCACCCCGGCCGUCCCGGCCCUGACCCCGGACCAGCAGUCCAAGUACGACGGUCUCCUCGCCCAGGCCCGCUCCUGGGCCGAGGUCAAGUGCGCCGCUGCCCACGCCGACAAGUCGGGCCCCCUCACCGACUCCGAGCGCCAGUGGCUCACGCGCGAGUGCCUGCUCCGCUACCUCCGCGCCACGAAAUGGAACCCCAAGGACGCCGAGAAGCGCCUCCUCGAGACGCUCGUCUGGCGCCGUGAGUACGGCGUCGAGGCCCUCACGCCGGAGCACAUCUCGCCCGAGAACGAGACGGGCAAGCAGAUCAUCCUCGGCUUCGACAAGGAGCGCCGGCCGUGCCACUACCUCAACCCGGGCCGCCAGAACACAGACCCUUCCCCGCGCCAGGUCCAGCACCUCGUCUUCAUGCUCGAGCGCGUCAUCGAGCUCAUGCCCGCCGGCCAGGAGAAGAUUGCCCUGCUCAUCAACUUCAAGACGUCAAAGAGCCGCUCCAACACGGCGCCGGGCAUCGGCUUGGCCCGUGAGGUGCUGCACAUCCUCCAGACGCACUACCCGGAGCGUCUGGGCAAGGCCCUCAUCAUCAACGUCCCCUGGAUGGUCAACGGCUUUUUCAAGCUCAUCACCCCGUUCAUUGACCCCAUGACCCGGGACAAGCUCAAGUUCAACGAGGACAUGCGCCAGUACGUGCCCGAGGAGCAGCUGUGGACCGAGUUCAGCGACGGCAAGCUCGAGUUUGAGUACGACCACGCCACCUACUGGCCCGCCCUGAACGACAUGUGCAAGCAGAAGCGCGAUGCCCGGACGACGCGUGGUGUCUACUUUGACUCAUCUCUAUCAACGUCGUUAUCCAAAAAUGAUAUGUGA